AUGCGUGCUUGGCAGAUGGCGAGAGGGCUAGAAGAUAAGAAGCUGGUGGCGAAGGAUGACGAUGCAUGCAGCGUCGACGCCGGUCAUGCUUACUCGGAGAUCCACGCCAUCGUGGCGCACAAGUUGAGGAGGACCGUUACGGACGAGAAGACGACCUUCGAAGGCGAUGGAGGCAAUCGUCACAACACGGAAACAACCGAAGAAGAGCUUUUGGAGGAGGACUUUCUCGAGGGAGGUCUGAGGGCCUGGCUGACGGUUGCUGGAGCAUCGCUGACUUUGUUUGCGACCUUCGGAUAUUUGUACUCCUUCGGCGUGUACCAAGACUACUAUACCCGGAUCUAUCUUGUCAAUCGUUCUCCAAGUGUGAUCAGUUGGAUCGGCUCCACGCAAUUGAUGUUUCCAUUUCUUCUGGGCCUCGUAUCCGGGAAACUGUUCGAUGAGGGCUAUUUCCAUCAUCUCAUUGCGGCCGGAUCCAUUCUCUUUACAUUCUCUUACGGUCUCGUCGCAUUAUUUCAAACGGCGUCGUCCCUCGCCGCAGGGAUUGUCCUUGUUGGGAACUCGUGCGGAGCUAUAGCCUUUCCUAUCAUGAUCAACCAGUUGCUCAACAUCCAGGGACGCAGCUUCGGAGACUCGGUCCGAGACAGCCCCUACGUCCUUCUCGGAGUCCUGAUCGUGGGCAACCUGCUUAUGCGGCCUCGACUACCUCUGCGUCGCCUGCGGAAGCCGCAGGACCUACCUCCGCCGCCCAAGAUGUCCGUUCUAUUGACCGACUGGCCUUACAUGGUCGCCAUCCUUGCCGGGCUCGUGGCAUCGCUUGCGUUUUAUUUCCCGGUCUUCUAUAUCCAGCUGUUCGGAUUAAGUCAUGGGGUCGACUCAACCUUGUCGUUCUAUUCUGUGGCGUUGUUGAAUGGAGCGUCCGCGUUUGGCCGGUUAAUUGCGAACUGGCUCGCUGACCGCUAUGGGCCGUUCAACGUCCUCGUGCCGUCUUGCCUGUUCUCGGGCGCCCUGAUCAUCGCGAUGCUCGGAGUGACAUCCAGCGCUGCUUCGGUGGUCGUCAGCCUCUUGUACGGUUUCUUCUCUGGUGCCUUUCUGUCCCUGACUGUUGCCUUGAUUGCGGCUCUGUCGGCAAACGCGUCAGAGAUUGGCGUUCGCACGGGGGUGACUUUCACCACGCAAUGCAUCGCGACGCUCGUCGCGGCUCCCACCCAGGGCCAAUUUCUCACCAGGAGCCAGUUCAAGUGGGGACGGCCAAUAGCUUACUCUGCCGUGUAUCGUCCAAACUUUCUCCCCUAGCCGACUCACCCGAAAGCUAAGCUGCAUCACGAAACAGACGUUAGUGUUCGUUUCCACGUACUAUUCGCGGCCGCGCGUGGUCUGCUCGCGAG